AUAUCCUUCCCAAGACUUACCACCAUGAAGUUUGCGGUGCUUCUGGGCCUGCUGGGUGUGGCUGCCGCCCUCCCCGCUGAACCCACGAGUAGUGACAAAGAUGCCAUAUACAGGGACAAACCCGUUAUCGCGAGACACGACCCUGGCUACACUUCCCCAACUACCACCAGCCAGCCCGUCUUCUACGCCAUCAACCCCUACGCUUUCCCCAACGCUUUCCCCUACGCAUUCCCCUACGGCUUCCCCUACGCCUUCCCUGUCGUCAAGGAAUCAAAGGUAGAGGAGUCGUCAAGGACCAAGAGAUCUGCUGAGGCUGAUGCUAAGGCUGAUUCUGGCAAAUACAUCUACGUCACCCCCUACACCUACCCAGGCGCCACCCCCUACACCUUCCCCGCCGGCACCCCCUACACCUUCCCCGCCGGCAUGCCCUACACCUUCCCCGCCGGCACCCCCUACACCUUCCCCGCCGGCAUGCCCUACAACAUCCCCGCUCCCACCACCUACAAGCUCCCCGUCGCCAAGAUUCCAGCAGCCUCCCCCUACACAAAGGUCUUCCCCUACAGCCCCUACCAGUACGGCUUCCCCUUCCAGUACACUUACGCCGCUAAACCUUCAACAGCCGCCGACACAAAGGAGGAAAAAUAUCCAAAGGAGCGAUAAGAAGGGAACGCCAGCACGACCACGACUUCCCGGGCAAUGAAACGACCAUCACGACCACCACCCUUCGUCCUCCACUCUUAGCUCCACCCUGCACUUCCACCUCAGCCCUCCACACACCUCCACCUGCCUCUUCUUCACUCGGAGCAGGUGGAGGUGAUGUAUAGAAAACGGGAAGUGAGUGGAGGAACGGACGCAUAGCUCGUGUGAUGAUGUGAGAUGGUAUAUAGGUAUUUUUUAUAUACUUUUUUUUAACCUCCUGCAUUAGCCUCCACUCUGCCCUCCACCUCACCACCUUCCCUCCACCUAGCUCUUUUCCACCCUCCCUUUCUUACCUCCUAAAAGCCCCGAGCAUCGUCUAUCGCCUUGCUGCUUAAUAUAUCUUUACAGCAAAUAAACAUCAUAACAUAUACAAAAAAUA